AUUUGUGUGCCAGCCAAGCCUCCUUUGUUGUCACGCUCAUUAGCGGGCAGGUCAGAAGAAGCCGUUUGGCAGGACAACAGGCGUCACUCUGAGCCCUCAAACUGCUUCUCUUCUCCUCGCAGACACACACAGAGUCAACGUGCAGCACAGCCGGAGGACUUGCUCAGAGAUGGACCCUCCAGAUUGUGAAGUUGCAGCAAUGAGGAGAGGAAGCUAUGACGAUUGUGCGGCUUCUCUACGUCCUCACCUCAGACACUUGGCUCAGAGACGACGCUCGGCCCCGUCAUUGGCCUUUGGGAAGGCGUUGGGGAUGCCGUGGUCUCCUAUCAAAGAGGAGGCUCCCUGCUGGGUGUCAGUGGACCAGAGUCCGUUCGUCCUCGGCCUGACCAGUGAAAACGGAGAGCUGCUGCUGGACGAAGGCGUUCAGGUCACGGAGGGCUCCAAGAUCAAGGAGAGGCACCUGUUCCUCUUCAGCAACGUCCUCGUCUUCUCCAAAUCCAAGUCGACCACCGGCUACCGCCUGAAGCGCCGAGUGAGCCUCCAGGACGUUUGGCUCUACGGGUUUGAAGAUGAGGCGGUGGGAGAGGAGGGAGCGACGGGCGACAUCGACCUCAGGGUGACGCUCGUCUUGGCCUGGGAUCUCACCGUUUCUCUGGUGUGUUUCUGCUCGCCUGAGGUGAAAGAACGCUGGUUAGAUAUUCUUCACCGACAAAUUAAAGACGCAAAAGCGAGAGCUGGUUGUACUUCCCAACCCGACGUCCUCAUGAAGGUUUUGAGUGGCAGCAUCACAACGAAAACUCUAACAGGAGGUGGGAUGGAACAAUUCAUUGAGUUUCCCCUCGAUGGCGAUGCAAAGAUCUGCCCGGCGUCCAAGCAGAUGAAUAAUCUGGAGGACAAGCAUUCCACCGAAACCAAGUGGAACCUGGUGAGGCGGCUGAGGAAGGGCUCCAGUUUCAUCAACAAACCAGGCCGAUCGGAUACCGAUACCAAGACUCAGCUCUUCGGACAGCCCCUCUGUAAAAUAUGCACGGAUGAACAUUCACUUCCCAAACCAGUCAUGGAGGUGAUGGUGCAACUGAGGAAGAGAGGCCCGUCCACGGAGGGAGUCUUUCGGAGAACUUGCCACAACAGGAACAUGCGGGACAUCCGGGAGCAGCUGAACAGCGGCCUGGAGGUGGACUUGGGGGGCCAGCCGGUGCUUUUGCUGGUCGGGCUGCUCAAAAGUUUUCUAAAGGAACUUCCCGGCAGCCUGCUGGUGUCUGAUCUUUAUGACAAGUGGAUGGCAGCUCUGGACAAAGAAGACCUCCAGCAGAGAGCUGUGGAAAUUAAAAGGGUGGCAGACGACCUCCCACGACACAACAAACUCCUCCUGCAGCAUCUAGUCUGCGUCCUCCAUCACAUCCUGCAAAACGCUGAGAGCAACAAGAUGGAUGCCUACAACCUGGCGGUGUGUAUCGCCCCCACACUGCUGCAGCUGGAAUGCACACCGCUGGACGAGCAGAAGGAGAAGAUGAAGAAGGUCACUGAGCUAACACAGUUCCUGAUUGAGCAUUGUGAGAUACUGGGAGAGAAUAUCCCAAAUCUGCUGGAUACUGAUGAAGCAGACUCACUGUCCUCCCAGCAUCACGACUCUGCCUAUGACAGCACCGACCCGGAUGGAGACGGCGAGGCGGCAGAGAGCAGCAGCUCCAGACACGGAGAGAGCGGAUCAUAUUCCUCUCUCAGUCCCAGUUUCAUCACCUCGUCUUGGCCGGCUGACGCCAUCUUCGCCCGUCGCUGCUCCGAGCCCAUCAUCUUCCUCUCUGCGGACCUCGAGAGCCUGUGCAGCCACUCCAGGAGCCACGACGACUGCUCGGUGGAGCGGAGAGACUUCCGGGAGCAGCCUCUGAAGAAGCAGAUCUCGGACGACUCCUUUUUGCUCAAAGGACGAGACGGAGCGAGAGCAGACUUGUCUUUUCCAAAACUCUGCAGAAAGUCCAACAUGGAUCCUCUGCCCUACAUGGCCGGUAACCUCUCGUGCUCUUCCCUCGAGAGUGCGGCCUCUAAUCAGUCCGAAGGCUCCGUUUUCACCAGCUCCCCCGUGGGGUCGCCAGCCUGCCCCAGGAAGCCGGGCAACCAGCCUUCAGUGGCCGCGAAGGCCCAGCCGGACAUCGGCGGGCCAAAUUCGGAGGAGAGGAAGCGAUCGCAGUCCAUGAGAGUCGCCAGCAGAGUCCUGAUGAGGACGAGGAGCUUGGGGACCUUCAGCAGAAACAGCGUGAAGAAAGACUCUCAGAAGGAAAACUCCUUCCCCUGUGAAACUCUCCAGGAGGACUCUCAGAGCGAGGCCGAUGCGCCAGCCGAGCUCUUGCAUAAACCCCGCCCCCUGUCGGCCAUCGAAGUGUUCAAGCAGGUGGACAGCAAGCUGCCCUGCAGGCCUCCGUCGUACAAGCAGGCGGUGCAGAACAUGGGCGCUCCCCCGCAGUACGGGUCGAUGACGGUGCACGACGCCGUGCAGCUGGGGAGAAGGUCCCGCCCGGCCUCCUUGAACUACGACUUCCCCCCCGCGUGUUCGGUCAAUCAGCACGCCGACUGUUUCGCCGAAGCGGCGCAGGACAAAGCCCACGUUGACGAGCAGCGGCAGGCCUUCCGCCAGAGGGCCAUGUCGGAGUCGGUGUGUGCGGGUCAGCGCGAGGUUGUGUCACGGAGGUGUAGCCAGCCCGUGUUUGAGGAUCUGUCUUACGCCAAGGAGUCUUACGUCUGAUCGACUUUUUCGCAGAUCCGAUUUUGAAAACACAAACAGUUAUUUUAGUUGAAUGUCGUGGGCAAAGCCUAAUUAACCAGUUCUUAAACCCGACGAGGUUCGUUUAUUUUCCUUCAUUCAGAGACACAACAUUCACAUGUUUUUUCCAUAAUAGCGGCGACUCCUUCCCCUUUGAAGCUGUGUUUUUAAAGCUGUGCCCACGGAGCAGAAACACUUGUAUAUGUACAUAAAGUCCAAUCUGUAAAUGCGUCACUGUUUCACUUUGUAUGAAUGUCAGCUAUGUGCCGCCUCUGCGGUUGCAUUUUCUUAGUAGUACUGUUCAGAGUACAGCAUUUAGAAUAUAUAGGUAACGUGAGCGAUUUCUACCACAAUGAAGCUAUGAAAACACAGUUCUCUGUGUUUACAACAUGCUAUGAGUUUUGAUGUGUUACUUGUUUUUUUGUUCUUGCUUUUUGUACAUCCUGCAUGCGUCUUUUCUUCCACUACAUCAAAGCACUUUUCUUGUUUUUGUCUUGUGAUAGAUUAUGCAGAGAGAUGUGUAAUCGUUGUCAGGGGCUCAUCAAGAGUCAUGCUGUUCCUCAAUCAUUUGUUGCAGGUAAAAAUGAAAAAGAAAAAUAAUAAAAUAAAUAACAAGGUAAAAGAA